AUGAGAGCUCUUCGCGCACUCACACUGGUGCUUUCUUGUGGCUUGUACAAGUACAACGGCGAAAUUGUUCACAUGCUGGCUGGCUGGCGGGACCCCAACAUAGUCCCGAUCAAGAGUUUGUACGAAGUCACAACCAUAAGGAACUACUUCGCGGAGUUGCUGGCAGACCGCUCGCCGCUGGUGCGCAUGUUUUUCUUCGACACUGUUGGCUACUGGCUGCUCAAUUUGCAAGAUAAAGCGGACUACGAAACUUGGCUAUUUCCUUACUUGCUGAGCGGGCUCUUUGAUUCAUUCCGGCCCAUUCAGCAGCUCGUGUUUCUCCUUUUGGAGCAGCUCGGGAGGCACUACGAGCAACUUCACGAAAAGGAUUUGAGGGAAAUCAAACAACUCGGCACUCCGGACUUGUGGAGCUACGGGGGAAAAGCCUUUCUGUCUUUUCCCCUGGGCGGCUGCUGGGCCGUUUCGGGCGCUGCCAAAGCGCGCGAAGAGGCGCAGCAAUUUGCUGCUUUCGUCAGCUCCUACACUGAGCGCCUGCAGUCUCUGGGCAUCGAAGGAUUUUCUUUAGUUGAAAAAAAACAAAAUCAACUCACAGUCCCCGGCGAGGAGCUCGUGGGCGACCCCCCCAGGCCCUGCCUGGGAGCCCGCACUAUGGUUCGGAUAUAUUUCCGGCGUUUUGCAAAAACCCUUUUUCAGUCCGUUUCAGAUUUCAAAGAAGUUUCCCAAACCGCUUCCGCCCGCCUCCUGGUGGUUUCUUUCGCCUUUAUAGAAGAAGCUGCUGUGGAAUGGCUGGACAGCUGCUUUGCAAUUUGCUGCAGAGUCCUCGCGGCGCCGCAGCAGCAUGCAACAGCAGCAGUGGAGUCGCACAGAGUGGCUCUGCAGCUCUUGGGGGCCUUUGCCGACCCGGAAAACUACUGGGAAGUUGCAAAAGAAGCUUUAAGGGAGAACGUUCUCCAGGAACUUCAAGUUCAAGUUGCAACGCUCAGCAGUCUGGCCUUGAUGCUACAAGGAUCCUUCAUGGUUCUCAAGAAAGCCGCCGACCCGAGCCUUGGCCUGGGCCGCCUGGGGCCAGUUUUGCCUGAAAUUGCCCAGGCGCUUUCUUCCAGUCAUUUGCUUCAAGAGCCGUAUCUGCGUUUUGCUGCUGAGGGCCUGACGCAGCUUGUGCAGGUUCUGGUGUCUGGAGUUCGAGGGCAAAACGAAACUCUUUCGGAAGAAACCUGGCAUCAUUUGCUCAGUGUAACUUGCUGUUUAGCAGCACCUCCGAGGUGUCUGGAAGGAGCAGAAAACAGCCAGCUGCAGCCCCAGCUGCAGCAGCUAAUGACCGACUUGGCUUGUUGCCGCAAAGCUACAAGGCGCAUGCCGCAGCCCCACAGCGACGCAGCCACACUGUGGGCCUCAGUGGACAUUCUGCGGGGCAUCCCGCCGGCCAACUUAGCUGCUCUCAGCACCUACAUAAUCCACUUGCCCAGCUGCCGCCUCCUUGAAGAAAAAACUUUUCAAGUUCUUUUCGGAAAGCUGCAGCAAUGUGCGGCAGCAACAGAGGAAGCUGCCACGAGGCGCAGCUGCAGGCGGGCGGCUCUGCGGCUCGUGAUGCGCCUUGCGCAGCUAGGCGCAGCAAGCAGCAGCAGCAGCACAGACGCUGGGACCCAGAUGCCACAGCAAAAGUGCCCAGCGGCAUCUCCAACCGCUGUUUCACGCCCCAGCAGCUCGGGCGUUGCGGGGACUGCAGUAGCAACAACAGCAGCAGCAGACAGCAGCAGCGGCGCCGAACUGCAAAACGGCGAAGACGAGGAAUCAGAACCUGUGCGGAAACUCCUCGACUGCCCGGUGGCAGCGGCCGCCGGCGUGCUGCAGCAGCUGCUGCUGCGGCUGCUGCAGCAAGUGGAAUGCGCCGAAGACGCGCAAGACGCCCUAGCAGCCCUGACAGAACUUUUGACGCUGCCGGGCCUGGAUAAUGUGAAUUGGGGAGAAGCGGUGCAGCAGCUGCUGCUGCUGUCGGGGCUUUCUCAGGACUUGGCCCGCUUUCUGGGCUGCCCGUUUCUGCAUACUAAGCUAUUUCGCAGCGCAUGCAUGAACUACGCUCAUCAUUCUGCUGCCACUUAUCCAGACAAGAAUCCCGGCGCAGUUCUGGAAGAAAUGCCACUGGGCAAGCGGCGGGAGCUGCGGCUUGCUGCGCUGCGAGCUGCAGCAGAACUCAAACAGCAAGCUGUGCUGCUACUGCGCCUCUGCCUUCCCAUGCUCGCUGAAGAUCGUAACAGCCUCUCAGCCCUCGUCUACGGCACCUUUGCUGCGCUGCAACCGCCCAGCAAGCUGCAAAAGCGGCCGGACGCAUGCAAGAUGGGCUGCUGCGAUGCUGCCAAAGAGCACGGAGGCACUGCUGCGAAUGCUGCUGCAGACGGUGCUGCAGGUACUGCUGCAGACGGUGCUGCAGGUACUCCUGCAGACGCUGCAGCAGAUGGUGCUGCACGAGCUGCAGCAGACGUUGCUGGAGAUACUGCUGCAGGAAAUGUUGCAGACGCUGCUGCAGACGCUGCUGAAGACGCUCAUGCAGGCGCUGUUGCUGCGGCUGCUGCAGACUCCGCUGCAGAAGCUCCUGCAAAUGCUGCUGCAGAAGCUGCAGCUGGCGGUGCUGCAACCGCUGCUGCAGACUCUGCUGCAGACAUUGCUGCAGGCCGGUCGAGCGACACUGACAAUCAGCCAAAUGCGAAUGAAAUAGAAAGGACGAAUGAAGAAGAGGCUGAGGGAAAAGAGGAGGUGUGCAGUUUUGCCCAGUGUACAGUAUCUUUGCCGUUUGAGGCUCAGAGCCCUUGGCUUUUGUUCCAGAUUGCAAGUUGCCUCUUUGAUACUAUUUCCCUCUGGAUAGUUCCAGAGAGGGGGCUUCCCAAUGAAGAAGAGGGCCUUCGGAAAUCCAAACAAGUCUUUGAAAUGUGCAGCCCAGACUCGCUGCUGAUGCCGCGGCUGCUGGCGCUUCCGAUGUACAGCCACCUCGAGCGGCUCCACGCAAACCGCCGCCUCCUGGAGCUGCUCUCAGAAAGCUGUCUUUGCCAGGCAGUGGACAGCUGCGUGCGGCAAAUUUUGGACCUUAAGGGCUCGUUUUCUGAGGGCUUUGAGGCUUAUUUGGAGGCGCCAGAGGGGCCUCCCGGGGCCCCUUCUGGGGCCCCCAAAACCCUGAAGGAAGCGGUCGCGGCAGCCAAAAAACAGGCCGCUGCUGUCUCCCUAGAAACCCAAAAAAUGCAGGCGAUCGCUGCAAUCACACAGCUCCUCAAACUCUUUGGAAUUGUCUGCCCCAGCGCUCUUCAAGAGUGCCUUCGGCAGUAUGAGGCUCGAGGCCGUUUCAGCCGCUGGGAGCUCUUAAGUCGAAUCUUUAAAGACACCAACGGCUCGCUUUCUGACAAUUAA